AAAAUCACAAAUUUCGAAAUUUCUCACGUUUUACUCUUUUCAAUACAAGCCCAACCUUCUCCACCUCAACGACCCUUCUCCACCUCAACGACAGCCAUCGUCUUCUCCUCCCAAAUCCCUCUCUUCCAGAGCGGAGAUCGAAUCUAUUGUUCGCAGGAUUUUCUGUUAGGGUUCAUUGGGGACGACGGUCAAUCGAAGAAAUUGAUCUGAGCGAUGGAUUCGAGCAGGCGAGCAGUGGAGUCGUAUUGGAGGUCCCGGAUGAUCGACGGCGCGACUUCAGACGAAGACAAGGUCACUCCGGUUUACAAGCUGGAAGAGAUCUGCGAGCUUCUCCGGUCGUCUCAUGCUGGCAUAGUAAAGGAAGUUUCCGAGUUCAUCCUCAAACGUCUUCAACACAAAUCCCCUAUUGUCAAACAAAAGGCUUUACGGGUAAUAAAGUAUGCAAUAGGCAAGUCAGGUACGGAAUUCAGAAGAGAGAUGCAAAGGAAUUCCGUGUCUAUACGCCAGUUAAUUCACUAUAAGGGCCAGCCGGAUCCUCUAAAGGGGGAUGCACUAAACAAGGGAGUGCGUGAAACAGCCCAGGAAGCAUUAUCAGCUUUAUUUUCUUCUUCAGAUGACCUUAAACCUGCUUCCAGAGAGAAUCUAGGUGGUCGAAUCCAAGGCUUUGGUAAUAAUAACAUUGAAAUGCCAUCAGAAGAUAAUAAGUCAUUUAUCAGUGAGAUUGUUGGCAUUGGCAGUGCUACGAUAAAGCAUGGACUAAGUAGUUUAACACAAUCUCAAUCCCUGAAAAAGAAUGAAACUGGAAGUUAUAGAGGUCCAAAUCUUCAGCGAUCAUUGACAAGGGAAACAGAUCAUUCAGAUCGAUAUGAAGGGAUAAAUUCUUAUAAUGAAUCUCAGAACAGUUCUGGGUUUCCAAGAAAUGCUGGUUCUCAAAGUUGGGGUCAGGAUCUCAAGUCAUCUCAUACAGAAACAACCAGCGAGAAUUUGGGAGUGAGGUCCAGUGAGAAGACCCGUGAGGAGAGGCUAUUGGAGACAAUUGCAACAUCCGGCGGUGUUCGCUUGCAGCCGACUAGGGAUGCCCUGCAGGUAUUCAUGGCAGAGGCUUCGAAGUUGGAUCCUUUGGCUUUAACUAAUGCCAUUGAAUCAAAGCUCCAGUCUCCAUCGUGGCAGGUCCGUGUAAAAGCCAUUUGUGUCCUCGAGGCAAUCUUGAGAAAAAAAGAUGAUGAACAUUUUGGUAUUAUAACAUCUUAUUUCAGUGAGAAUAAUGAUCUGGUGGUAAAAUGUUCUGAAUCCCCCCAAGCAUCUUUGAGAGAAAAGGCAAACAAGGUGUUGAGUCUUCUCAAUGUUGGACAGGCUACUAUACAAACUCUCCAUUCUGUGGCUCAUUCUGACAAACUAUCAAAAGAAGAGACUGUUCAGAUGCCUGAUUUAAUAGACACUGGUGACAGUGAUAAUCCAUUUAGAACGGACAAUUUAGUACAAAUGCAGAAUAACGAAAAUGUAUCGAGUACAUCAACCUCUACUACUGCCCCUCUGAUUGAUGAUCUAUUUGGACUUGGUACCGAUGUGAACACAAGUGUACAUAAAAAUGAUGAUGAUCCUUUUGCAGAUGUUUCAUUUCAUAGCAGUGCUGUGAAAGAGCAUGAAUCAGAUAUCUUCUCUGGGAUGACACUUGAUGGAUCAGGAUCUGCUGAGAGUCAUCUAGCACAUUCUGGAAGUGGUCCUGAACCAUAUGAUAUUUUUGGUUCCAUGUCUGAAAUUUCCAAAGAGGAAAAUAUUCCUAAAAGCGAUAUUUAUGACUUAAUGCCUGGUUUGUCCUUAAAGGGAAAUGAGUCUUCUGUAAGACCAAAUGGUAGCUCAGGAGGAACAACCUUUGAUAAUAUCUUACUGAAAUCCAACCCUGAUCCUGGCCACAAGGUUUCCAAUGAUGUCUUCAACAGCAGUUCACCUUCUCAGGUUUCUAGUUCAAGUGCUAUUCCCUCAUUUCAUUUGGGUGCAAUGCCAUAUAAUAUGCCAUCUGGCUUUAUGUUGAAUCCAUCAUUAGCUUCUCAAACUGGCACCAUAAGCAAUCUUUUUGCCCAGCAACAAUUCCUUGCAGCCAUGUCCACUUUCCAGCAAAUGGGAAGCCUGCCGCAAGCUACUGGUGCUAAUCCCGAUUCUCUUUCUUAUGGAGGUUUCACUUCCUCUGCACUUCCUGAUAUUUUCAAUGCCAACAUUCCCACUAAAACUACAACAUCUUUGAUGAACAAUCAAAAGAAAGAGGAUACUAGAGCGUUUGAUUUUAUCUCAGAUCAUCUGGCUGCUGCCCGUGACCCAAAAAGAGUGAUUUGAGGCUCUGAGCUCUUGCACUUGUGUGGGCGCUUUUAUGUCAUGGCAGUUCUCUACAGUUUUAGCCAGGAUUUCAGACCAUGACGAAAAGGGCAAUCUGGCUAUUAGGCAAGGUAUCUUUGUCUGGAAUUUAAUUCUUUUUUUUAAGUUGUAAUAAUGCUUCUUUUAGCUAUUUUAUUAGGAUUUAGCGUUGUGUUGGGAACAAUUUAUAUUGUUUUAUUUUUUUCUUUUUCUUAUUUCUUUGGCAUCACAGAAGUGUAAUAAUGAUCAUAAUACUAUUAGUAGUACAAGAACAAAAAAGACAGCGAAUUCUUCUUCUGUGAUGCUUGUUGUAAUCGAAGAUGAGAACAAGAGGGUGAAGUUUGUGAAUACUCCAUAUAUAAUUUCUUUUAGAUUUGUAAUUGUGCAGUGGAUUCAAAUG